AUGACACCUCAGGCUAUGCCUUAUUGUGCCCAUCAUAACUGUACUUGGAUCAAGGACAUGUUGGCGCAUGUCCAAAUUCAUCGCGUGUCCGAAUUUUCUACAUCAGGCAGCGGUGACGAUGUAUCGGUUGUUCCCAAAAACGAGGAGAAGAGGUUUCAUACGUCUCGCGCACGACGUGGAGGGGAGAAUCACAAGACUCACUGGAAGGUCUGGAAAGAUGUUCAUAAAACGAUAAUGAAGAAAGACUCUGAUAUCGUGCAACCUGACGAACAGAAAGAAGACGAAAACAUAACAGCGGGAGCUGGUUGUGUAGGCGGUGAUGCCAUAGAGGCCCAAGCUUCUCAAACUACGGGCAUGAGUACUCGUCAGAUUCGAAAGAGGAAGAUCAACGAUGUUAACGGCAAUCAUGGUUCAGACACUGACGAGAACGUACUUUUUCCCAAUCCUGUUCCAACUGUCGUGAAGCGCAUCUGCCGGGAGAGAACAGGGACAGACUGGCAGACAGUGCUCGAUAUAGUCAAGUAUGGUGAAGAACAACAGAUGUCGAGGAAAGGUUGA